UCUGUUUUAACAGCUAGUGCAGUCCAGAACCCAAUAUGUGUGAUAUAUAAGAGAAGAAAGACAUGAUUCCUAUACACCCUAGGGCAACUGAAGUUGAUGGUGUUCAUGUAUUUGGAACAGAUGAAAUUUCUGCCCUUUUAAAAUAUAUGGGACUAGAGCCUGACUUGAAAUGUGGAAUCAAGAAGCAACAGUUCUUUCGAAAUAAAAGUAUUUCUCGAAGUGGAACACAGUCUUCUGCUGAACUAAGCUCUACACAGCUAGUGCACAACAACUUUGCGAAGCAAGCUGCUCAUUCAUUUUUUGAAGUUGCAACACUUCUGGAUUCUGACACAUGGCAACUGCCAGAAGGAACACAGGAAUCCCUCAAGAAUAAAAGACCAACUGGAACAAGAGCUUUUCCUGUAACAGAAGGUCCAGGUGUAUUUCCAUGUGAUAAUUGUGGAAAGUCAUAUAAAUGGAGAAGAACACUUCGUCACCACCUCCGUUUAGAAUGUGGAAAAGAACCUGCAUUUCAGUGCCCAUUUUGCCCCUUGCGCUCAAAAAGAAAGAGUAAUAUUUCUGCUCAUAUAAGAUAUGUUCACUUGAAAUGAUUUUAAGAAUCUAAACAAGUUAAUCAGUCAAGUAUCUUACCACUUUUUGACUGGUCUCCUUUGUAGUUUGUGUGUUGCAUUUAAUUCUUCAUCAUCCUUUGUAUUUGUUUACUUCUGCUGAAAUGUCAUCUAGAAACAAUUUACUGUUAUGUUUAGUCACACAGUUAAAAUGAAGCUUGUUGACUGCUUACAAUGAUUACUAGUGUUGAAUUUAUCUGUCAAUAAAUCUUAUACCCUCAUGA